AAUUCUUGUAUGCAUAUCAGGUCUAUACACAAGAUCUUUCUUCUCGGUACAUUAGUGUAUAAGCUAUUAAACACAGAUGGACAACCAAGCCGAGUUGGUCUGGGAGAAAUGUAACACAGUGUAUAACAAAUGUGACGGAGAAAAAGCUUUGAUGAAAGCUUAUGAUGAGUGGGCCACGGAAUACGAUCGCGACCUUGACGUUUUAAAUUAUAGUUCUCCAAAUCAAGCUUCACAAUGUGCCUUGAAAUAUUUAGGUUGUGGCGAAUCGACAAAAAUACUCGACGUUGCAUGCGGCACUGGACUAGUCGGAGAAUUUUUACGUAAAAACAAUUUUAAAGGACUAUUACAUGGGAUUGAUGGCAGUGCUGAAAUGCUUAAUGUUGCCAGAAAAAAGGUGAUCUAUGAUGAUUUAUUCACUCAAUUUAUCUUGCCCGGAAAGCCUAUUAUGCCUAGUCCAAGCUUGAAGUACGAUGGUGUAAUGUGCGUUGGAGCAAUAACUAAGAAUCAUUUGGAUCCCAAAGUAUUGGAAGAUUUUCUGAAUGUUUUGAUACCUGAAGGAAUUAUUUUGUUUGUUUUAUCAAAAAGUAGAAUCAAUGUGGAGGUGGCAAAAACUGUUGAUGAAGUUUUAAAAUGUCUGAUUAAUUCUGGAAAAAUUGAAGAACUCGAGGUUCGCAGUAUCGAAAGUGCAUUUCAAAUAGAAGACGACGAUGUACCCAAUAAUAUUCAGAUUGAAACCUCCGCAAGUAAUCACAUUUAUUGCUAUAAGAAAAAAUAAAUGAAAAUUUAUUGA